AUGAAUGCCGUUUGCCCCCUGCUGAUUGGCUGGCUGGCAGUGGCUGUGUGCGCGGGGUUUUGGGGGGCCUGCGGGCAGCAGCUGAAGAUGGCCCGAGCGCCUCUGCUGCCGCACAAGCCCUUCAUCGUGGUGUGGAACGCCCCCACCGAGUCCUGCCGCCUGCGCUUCGACGUGGACCUGGACCUCAGCGUCUUCGACAUCGUGGCCAACCUCAACGAGACGCUGAGCGGGCCCAACGUCACCAUCUUCUACCACACUCACCUGGGCUACUACCCCUACUACGGCCCGGACCUGUCUCCCGUCAACGGCGGCCUGCCCCAGAACCAGAGCCUGACCAAGCACCUGAACAAGGCCCGCUCCGACAUCGACAAGCUCAUCCCCUUCAAGGACUUCCGGGGCCUGGGGGUGAUCGACUGGGAGAACUGGCGGCCGCAGUGGGUGCGGAACUGGGGAUCCAAGGACAUCUACCGCAACAAGUCCAAAGAGCUGAUAAGGACGGACCACCCGCAGUGGCCUGACAGCAAGGUGGAGAAAGAGGCCAAGGAGCAGUUCGAGAGGGCAGGCCAGGCCUUCAUGAACUCCACCCUGCUGCUGGCGGAGGGCCGCCGCCCGGACGGCCUCUGGGGCUUCUACUUGUUCCCCGACUGCUACAACUACGGCUACAAGCAGCACCCGCACAAGUACACGGGCGAGUGCCCCAACGUGGAGCACGUGCGCAAUGACCACCUGAUGUGGCUGUGGAAGGAGAGCACCGCGCUUUACCCCUCCAUCUACCUGGACUACGAGCUCAAGUCCACGCCCAACACCCUCAAGUUCGUCCACUACCGCGUCAAGGAGGCCAUGAGGAUUGCGUCCAUCGCGCGCGGUGAUUUCACGCUGCCUGUGUUUGUGUACUCUAGACCCUUUUACGCCUACACCUUUCACGUGCUCUCAGAGAGCGACCUGGUCCACACUAUCGGUGAGAGUGCAGCUUUGGGGGCCGCGGGGGUAGUGCUGUGGGGAUCAUCAGAAUAUGCCCGCUCUCAGAGGAACUGCCUGGUGGUGAAGAAGUACAUUGACGGGCCCUUGGGGCACUACGUCAUCAACGUGACGUCAGCGGCCAAGCUGUGCAGCAAGGCGUUGUGCAAGAAGAACGGGAAGUGUGUGCGGAAGAGCCUGGAGUCCGGGGCCUACCUGCACCUCAACCCCCGUUUCUUCCGGAUCCACAGCAACCCGGGCUCCCAGGGGCCCCGCUUCCACGUCAGCGGGCACCUCAACAAUGACGACAUCCUGGACAUGAAGCACAAGUUCACCUGCCAGUGCUACCAGGGCUGGACGGGCAUCUUCUGCGAAAUGCCCGAAUCUCCGCCCUACCCCCCGCGCCCCCAGGACGGCCUGCUCACGGACAUCCUGGUCCUCCUGUCCCUCCACUUCUCCUGCCUGUCCGUCAUCACCUUCCUCGCCCUCUGCCUCAUCAUCAAAUGCCUCAUACUGUAG